AGCACUCUCUCACUUCUAGUCAGGGAACGUGGAAGGCGACAGGGAGCCGGCCAGGGAGGGCGAGUGAAAGAAGGAAAUAAGAAAGAAAGGGGGUUAACAAAAUAAUAAUAAUAAUAAUAAAACAGCCUGAGCCACGGCUGGAGAGAUCGAGACCCGGCGCAAGAGCGCGCAGCGGUAGGGGGAGAGUGAGCGGGCGACUCAGCAGAGCGCGCUCGGCACCGACUUUUGCUGCUUCUUCUGCCUUUUUUUUUUUUUUUUUUUAACAAGAAGGCGCUAGCUGCAGCCUCACACGCGAGCGCCACGCGAGGCUCCUGAAGCCAACCCAGGAGGGGAGGAGGGGGAGAGGAGGAGUGGAGGGAGGAGGAAAAGGAUUUGCACCUUCCGUGCUCCUAGCCUGAGAAGUCUCCCCGGGACUUGUAUUUUUAAUUUCCCUCUUGGCUCCCUCUUCACCUUUCUUCUUCUUUCCCUCUCUGUUCGUGCACCCGAGUUCUGUCUGUGUCUCCCUCCUGCGGGCCCUCCCCUCGUGUCCCCGCUUGCUCCUAUUCCACGACUCCUUGGCCACCGCUGCGCAUGGAGAGCUCUGCCAAGAUGGAGAGCGGCGGCGCGGGCCAGCAGCCCCAGCCGCAACCCCAGCAGCCCUUCCUGCAGCCGGCAGCCUGCUUCUUCGCUACGGCCGCGGCGGCGGCGGUGGCGGCGGCGGCCCAGAGCGCACAGCAGCAGCCGCCGCCCCCGCCGCCGCAGCAGGCGCCACAGCUGAGCCCGGCGGCCGACGGCCAACCCUCAGGGGGCGGUCACAAGUCAGCGCCCAAGCAAGUCAAGCGACAGCGCUCGUCCUCGCCCGAACUGAUGCGCUGCAAACGGCGGCUGAAUUUCAGCGGCUUCGGCUACAGCCUGCCCCAGCAGCAGCCGGCCGCCGUGGCGCGCCGCAACGAGCGCGAGCGCAACCGCGUCAAGCUGGUCAACCUGGGCUUCGCCACCCUGCGUGAGCACGUCCCCAACGGCGCGGCCAACAAGAAGAUGAGCAAGGUGGAGACUCUGCGCUCGGCGGUCGAGUAUAUCCGCGCGCUGCAGCAGCUGCUGGACGAGCACGACGCAGUGAGCGCUGCCUUCCAGGCUGGCGUCCUGUCGCCCACCAUCUCCCCCAACUACUCCAACGACAUGAACUCUAUGGCCGGCUCGCCGGUCUCAUCCUACUCCUCCGAUGAGGGCUCUUACGACCCGCUCAGCCCCGAGGAGCAAGAGCUGCUCGAUUUCACCAACUGGUUCUGAGGGGUUUGGCCUGGUCAGGCCCUGGUGCCAGAGGACUUUGGAAGCAGGGUGACCGCACAACUGCAUCUUUAGUAUUUUCUCCUCAGCAACGUUGGGAGGGAGGAAAAGG